CAAGCUUUGUUGAACUCCAACACCACAAGAUCUUGAUGCGUAAAAGCCAUUACUGAUCCGACAUGGCAUCUCCAAAGAUCAAGCUCGCUCUGCAAGAGAUCUCAGCAUCAGCAGACAAGCAGCAAGGCUACGAAACCCUUCUCAAGGAAACACCAUCUCUCUCCAGUCCCGCAACUCUCUCUCAAGAUCUAACAACUACGCUCGAUGCCAUAUUCGCAGAUUCCCUCGGUAUUGUGGCUACUAGAUCGCUUACCGCGUCUUUCGUCGAUAUCCUGAAACAAGUACCAAUCAACGAUGUCAAGGUCGAAGUUGGAGAGCACGCUCUGGUCAUCUUUCAAUCCCAAGCAUCCUCCUUCGAAGAACAAAAUGCGCAGAUCCGCGAGCUUAUGGCAACCGCACAUGAGGAUGACGAAGAUUUCCUAGCUGCUGCCAAAGUUCUAGCUGGCAUCCCUCUCGAAUCAUCGCAGCGAAAAGUCACGAACGAUGAUAAGAUCCGGUUCUGGAUCCGCAUUACAAGAAACUAUCUGGAGGUUGAUGAUACUACGCUGGCGGAGCAAUACCUGAACAAGGCCAAGAAUGUGAUUUAUACGGUCUCAGACCGGGAGAUGAAUCUACACUUCAGCCUGUGUCAAGCACGAAUUCAAGAUGCGAGACGCAAUUUCCUAGCAGCUGCACAAGGAUAUCAGGACAUCAGUUUCAUGCCUGUCAUCGCCGAGGAAGAGAGACUCCAUACAUUAAGCAUGGCUAUCAAGUGUGCAGUUCUUGCGCCCGCAGGUCCUGCUAGAAGUCGAGCUCUAGGCCGUUUGUACAAGGAUGAGAGAGCCAAUACCUUACCGGAAUACAGUAUAUUGGAGAAGAUGUUCUUGGAUCGCCUGCUGAGUCCUGAGGAGGUCGCCAAGUUCGCUGAAGGUCUGGCCACACAUCAGCUUGCGAGAACUUCAGACGGAAGUACUGUACUAGCGAAGGCCGUGGUAGAACACAACUUGAGAGGUGCUUCUAGGUUAUAUAACAACAUCGGCUUCGAUGCUCUUGGGUCGUUGCUUGGUCUGGACGGUGACAAGGCCGAGGAGACAACUGCUAGGAUGAUUGAGCAGGGCCGUUUGGUUGGCAGGAUUGAUCAAAUUGAGAGAGUAAUCUGGUUUGAGGGUGGCGAAGCUACGGGGGAGAAAGGCAGUGGAAGAGCCGAGGGGAUAGUCGGAAGAGAGUUGAAACGUUGGGAUGCCAAUGUUCAAGGACUGGCUGAGGAGGUUGAAAAGGUCACUUCUGAGCUGCAACUCGUCUAUCCCGACUUUGUGGCUGCCAAUCUGGUCGUAUGAGACGUCUGCGAGUGAUGACAUAAAAUGGCGUUCAGAAGGAUAAUGCAUGGGCAUGAGGAGCGUUUACUGGCAUUACAACAACGGCGUUACGAGACUAUGAGACCAAGAUCUCUAGAUGGCAAAUAGAACACUAUUGAUGAGCCUUCUAUCCUACUUCUUCAACUCCCCAUGGUCUCGAUCUUGUGACAAGUCAUCCUUCAAGAUCUCCGUCAGUCGCUCCGCUAUACGACUCCCAACCAAGUCAUAUCCUUUAGGCGUGAAAUGUAUGAUAUCAUCCCAUAUCUCUUUCCUCA